GGACUGCACACAGCGGGGGAACGGUUUGGCGGCGACACCGCGCCGCUACGAGUCCGCUGCGAUGCUGCCUUCCUUGCAGGGAUCGCUGGAUGCGGACGAAAAGGAGCUAGAGAGCAGCGAGGAGGGGGGCUCCGCGGAAGAGCGGAGACUCGAGCCGCCGCCCAGCAGCCACUACUGUCUCUACAGCUACCGCGGAAGCAGAUUGGCAUCGCAGCGAGGGGACAGCGAUGAUGGAAGCCCGAGUGGCCCAAAUGUGGAAACUCCCUCUGGUGAUGACUUCAGCCUUUCCCUGGUGGAUACUAAUCUCCCAUCUGAAGUGGAGCCAGAGCUGCGCAGUUUCAUUGCUAAGCGUCUGUCAAAGGGAGCAGUCUUUGAAGGGCUGGGUAACGUUGCGUCCAUGGAGCUGAAAAUUCCAGGUUACCGAGUUGGUUGUUACUACUGCCUCUUCCAACAAGUAAAACUGCUUCCUGAGACACCUAUAGCAGGCUCUGAACAGAACCCUUCAGAGUAUGUGGUCUGCUUUUUGGGAGGGUCUGAGAAAGGACUCGAGCUUUUCAGGCUUGAAUUGGACAAGUAUAUUCAAGGGCUGAAAAAUAGCAUGAAUUGUGAGGAGAAGGGCCUGGAAACUCACGUGAGGUCCUAUCUGAGCAACUGGUUUGAGGAUGUUGUCUGCCCAAUCCAAAGGGUUGUUCUUCUCUUUCAGGAGAAACUUACCUUUCUGCUCCAUGCUGCUCUGAGCUAUACUCCUGUUGAGGUAAAAGAAUCGGAUGAAAAAACAAGGAGAGACAUUAACAGGUUUCUGAGUGUGGCCAGUCUUCAAGAACUCAUUCACGAAGGCACCAUGACGUCACUGUGCGUGGCCAUGUCGGAGGAGCCGCGUAAGUCUGUGGUCAUUGACUGCAGUAGCUCCCAGCCUCAGGUCUACAAUGCAGGAAGCAAUCGAUUUUGUGAGGAUUGGAUGCAGGCUUUUUUAAACAGUGCCGAAGGGGGUAACCCAUUUCUUUUCCGACAAAUACUGGAAAACUUUAAACUGAAGGCCAUUCAAGACACAAACAAUUUGAAGAGAUUUAUCCGGCAGGCAGAAAUGAAUCAUUAUGCUUUGUUUAAAUGUUACAUGUUCCUAAAAAACUGUGGUAGCGGAGACAUUCUUCUGAAGAUUGUUAAAGUGGAACAUGAAGAGAUGCCCGAAGCCAAAAACGUGGUCGCGGUCCUUGAAGAGUUCAUGAGAGAGGUGCUUGCCCAGAGCUGUUGAUCAUGUUUUGCGAUAACUGUGAAGUUGUAUAUUCAAGCCUGGGUGUUUGAAAUGGCGGUGGUUUUAAUUGUUCAUAGGAUUACUAUUUAA